UCACUCAGUGGCACAAUACUGGGGGAGUGUGCAAUCUGGCAGCUAUGCAUGCUCUCUCACUGCAUUUACCUCUCUGCAACUCCUCCAUCUUCGUUUUUCCUUGACACUGCAUCUCUCACUGCCCAAAAGUAGUUUUCCCUCUCUUUCCUUCAUUUUCCCUCAUUUUCUCUUUCUGGGUCUUUGCAUUUUUCAUUAGUUAUUACUGUCAUGGUUCCCAUUUUAUCCAUGCUCCAUCUUUUUUCCAAAUCCGGCAACACCCAUCUAGAUUCUCCUAAAUCUUUCGUCUUCUGAUACACAUUUUUGUAGCUAUUCCUAUUAGGAGCCAAAAGGGGAAAAAUAAGAAGUAGAUAUUGAAUUUGAAGAAUAUGAAAGUGACCCAGAAAGAUUCAGAGAAAAUAAUUUGGGAUCAGAUGAGAAGCCCAUCUGGAAACCCCAUUUCUGGACCUGGUUCACAGACUCGAAUCCUACCUAAGCUUAUGGUAUGGCUUAUCCUAUUCGUUUCACUCACCUAUGUUGUUUACACCCUCAAGCUGGUCGCUACUUCGCGCGACUGCAAUCACGAGCCUUUCUCUACCCAUCAUCAUCUCUCCAUUAUCUCUAAUCAUUCUCAGCCCUUGAUUCAAAAUCACACGGCCUUAACCAUUCACCGGGGAGGCAACCAAGAAACCCAUCAACCGACGGAGAUUCACCAUAUAGUUUUUGGCAUCGCUGCCUCAGCUAAGCUAUGGGAACAGAGGAAGAACUAUAUCAAGAUUUGGUUUAAACCUGAGAAAAUGCGAGGCAUUGUGUGGCUAGAUGAUGCUGUCAAGACCCGUGAAAGGGACGGGUUACCCCCGGUUAAAAUCUCCGGCGAUACUUCCCGUUUCGCUUACACGAACCGCCAAGGCCAUCGAUCGGCGAUACGGAUCUCGCGGAUCGUGUCGGAAACACUGCGUCUUGGUCUCAACAAUGUGAGGUGGUUCGUAAUGGGGGACGACGACACCGUUUUUAUCACGGAGAAUCUAGUUAGAGUGCUGAGGAAGUAUGAUCAUAAUCAGUAUUAUUAUAUCGGGAGCUUAUCGGAGUCCCAUUUGCAAAACAUAUAUUUCUCUUAUGGGAUGGCCUAUGGCGGCGGCGGUUUUGCCAUAAGCUACCCAUUAGCAAAAGCGCUCGAUAAAAUGCAAGAUAAGUGUAUUCAGAGAUAUCCUGGGCUCUACGGAUCUGACGACCGAAUGCAGGCUUGUAUGGCUGAACUCGGUGUACCUCUCACCAAGGAAACCGGAUUUCACCAGUAUGAUGUGUAUGGAAACCUGUUUGGACUCCUUGCAGCACACCCCGUUACACCCCUGGUCUCAUUGCAUCACCUUGAUGUUGUUGAGCCCAUUUUCCCUAAUGUGACUCGAGUUCAAGCACUUCAGCAGCUAAUGGUGCCUAUGAAGCUGGACUCAGCAGGAUUAAUGCAACAAUCCAUCUGCUAUGAUAAAUCUAAGAGCUGGACCAUUUCUGUUUCUUGGGGCUUUGCAGUUCAAAUUUUCCGAGGAGUCUUUUCGCCUCGUGAAAUAGAAAUGCCAUCAAGAACAUUUUUAAAUUGGUAUAGAAGAGCAGAUUACACUGCAUAUGCAUUCAACACUCGACCAGUUACUCGAAACCCUUGCCAAAAACCCUUUGUAUUUUACAUGUCAAAGACAAGAUUUGAUUCUUCAUUGAAUGUAACAGUGAGUGAGUAUGGCCGGCAUCGUGUCCCUCACCCUGCAUGCAAGUGGAAAAUGUCUGAUCCUACUAAGCUUGAUGUGGUUGUGGUCUAUAAGAAGCCUGACCCUCAUCUAUGGGAUAGAUCUCCAAGAAGAAACUGCUGCAGGGUGAUGAACUCAAAGAAGAAAGGAAGCAUUGCAGUUGAUGUGGGUGUAUGUAGGGAAGGUGAGGUCAGUGAAAUACAGUCAUAGUUGGAAGAGUUUUAGGCGGGUAGCUUCUUAUCUUCCUUGUUAUUCUCUCUCAAAUUCUUAGUUCUUUAAUUUAUUUCUCUUGUUGCCAAUUUUGAAAGUGUAUUCCAGAGUAGAGACUGACUAAAAAAAUGUCAUUAGACAGGAGAUAUGUUGAUGUAUAAAAGUCUUAGUUUAUAUAUUCUAUUCAUGUUGUAGUCUUGUAGACUUUUUAGUUCUGUAUUAGCUAAUAGUUAAUCCUUCAUUGACUUUUAUGAGAUAAGAGGCCAUGUGCUAAGCCUUAAUUCUCUCAA